AAUCCAGAAAAACAGUUCCCUCUCUGGCCGGCUUCUCGUCUUUGCGGUCCAAUCUGGCGUACGCGCACAACCUGCAGAGACAGACCCCUAUUUUUUCCACUAUAUUAUUACUCCCUACUUUUCUAUGUUGUCCAUUUUUUGUGUCCCAAGUACUUUUUUUCUCCAACCAAUCUCAAUCGUGCAGGCAAACUUCCAUUUUCAUAAAUUAACAUAAGCAGACACAGUCAUACGUUUAUGUUUUGUUUGUUACAUCAAAACAGCAAACCAGACCUCUGUAUAUCUCACAAAUCCACCUCUGAUUAGACCAAGAAUUUAAUAGACGAAUUCAAAGAGCUGGGAAUUUGAGAGGAGUUUUUGGGGUUAAGGGGAAAAUGAAUAUGGAUAUGAGGAAAAUAGUGGUAAUUGUGGAAGAUUUGGAAGUAUCAAGAACAGCUCUGCAAUGGGCUCUUCAUAAUUUCUUACGUUUUGGGGAUUUAGUGACACUUCUCCACGUUUUCCCAAAUUUAAAAUCCAGGAGCAACAAUAAGAAGCUCAGGAAUCUCCGCCUCAAAGGGUUUCAACUGGCUCUGACUUUUCAAGACCUUUGCAACAAUUAUCCCAACACCAAGACUGAGAUUGUAGUCACUGAAGGGGAUACAGAUGGAGGAAAGAUUGCUGCCGUGGUUAGAGAGAUUGGAGCUUCUGCUCUUGUUGUUGGACUUCAUGAUCAUAGCUUUCUUUACAAGAUGGCCAUGGCCCAGAACAAUAUAGCAAGCAAUUUGAAUUGCAAAGUGCUAGCCAUCAAACAACCAACACCAUUGACCACAACAAGGAAAAGGACUAUUUCUUUACCUGACAGUUCAACCAACAUGGACUUCUCACAGAUUGAAAUAGCUUCACUGAGUGUCCCUGAAGUUGGCCCACCAAGAAUUCCAUACAAAGUUUGUCCAGACCCUCAUGCUAUUAUUUGGAGAACAAGGAGAUCCAGAAGAUGGACAAUAAGAGAUUAAAUCCAAAAAAUAUUUUCCAUUUCGAUGAGGAAUUAUGUAUAUCUGUUUUUAUUAUUAUUUUUAUGGCAAUGAUGGUUGUUGAAUUUGUCAGUUUGACUCACACAGCACAGAACAAAGAGAAAAAAAGGUUUACAAAA